ACGUCUGGGGGGCGUUGUGUGGCUUGCUCAUCCCAUCACCCACUGUUUCAAUGCAGCACUUUCCAAGGAAUGUCGGUUGCGGACCGGGAUGGGCUUUUGAAAGGUCACGCACUGUGCCGAAAUUGCUUUCGGAUCGGACACCAAGCGAAGGAGUGCCAAUCCAAAUACUCCUGUCGCAACUGUAAGGGACGUCAUCAUACCCUGGUCUGUUUUAAGGUGGAAAGGUUAGGUGACACAAAGGUAGCAAUGGUUGUUAAGGAAAGGAAUGCACCAACCAAAAGGGAACAACCUACAGCUUCCCACUCUUCGUCAUCGCAAGUGGCUAACGUGGCAGCCACUAAGGUUUCGGUUUCCAAUGCUACGCAUCAAUACUCUUCCCAGGUGUUGUUAGCAACUGCGGUCAUUAUUAUAGAAGAUGACGAAGGUGUUUCCUACCCAGCACGGGCUCUCCUGGAUUCGGGUUCAGAGAGCAAUUUCAUCUCGGAACGGUUAUGCCAAUGUAUCAAAGUAUCUCGCAAGAGGGUAGAUGUCUCAGUUUCUGGUAUCGGACUGGCAACGAUGAAGGUAAAGCACAGGAUUCACGCGUUGGUACGUUCGCGAGUUUCGGAUUUUAGUCGCGAUUUGGAGUUUUUAGUUUUACCUAAGGUAACGGUUAACCUUCCAACAACCGCAAUUAAGACGUCUGGAUGGUCUAUUCCAGAAGGGGUUGAAUUAGCUGAUCCGGCAUUUUUUCAAUCGAAAGGCGUAGAUGUGGUCCUUGGGAUAGAGGCAUUUUUUGACUUCUUCACCACCGGCAAACGAAUGUCUCUUGGAGAGCAGCUGCCAUCGCUAAACCAUUCGGUAUUUGGUUGGGUAGUCUGUGGAGGAUUAGCAAAUUCUACACAAGCGUUACGUAUUAACUGCAACGUUUCAACGGCAGAGCGAUUAGAUGCCAUGAUCGAACGAUUUUGGAGCUGCGAAGAAAUUGAGGAAGAUAAUUCAUAUUCUCCUGAGGAAAAACGCUGCGAGGAGCUUUUUCAGCGUACAGUUUAUCGAGAAGAAAAUGGGCGAUAUACAGUAGCAUUACCGAAAAAUGACGACAGGUUGCUUCGAUUGGGACAGUCCAAGGACAUCGCAUUCCGACGUUUGCGAGGUACGGAACGCAGAUUAGCAAGGGAUACUGAUUUGCGCACGCAGUACACGGCAUUUAUGGAUGAAUAUUUAGAAAUGGGCCAUAUGCGAAAGGUGAAUAAGGAUGUUCACGUUAAGGGUGAGCGGUGCUUUCUGCCACACCAUCCGGUUGUUAAGGCAGCGAGUACAACAACGAAGGUGCGGGUGGUUUUUGAUGCCUCCUGUAAAUCAUCGUCUGGCAUCUCGUUGAACGACACUUUGCUGGCAGGGCCAGUGAUACAAGAGGAUUUGCGGUCUAUUGUGCUGAGGUGUCGUACUCGCCAAAUUAUGGUAGUAUCGGAUGUUGAAAAAAUGUUUCGGCAGAUUCGUGUUCGGUCAGAGGAUAGACCGCUUCAGUCCAUCCUAUGGAGAUCGUCACCAUCAGAGGAAGUGGAGGUUUACGAGCUAGGUACAGUGACGUACGGAACCAAACCGGCACCUUUCCUUGCUACGCGAGUUUUACAACAGCUAUCGGUGGACGAGGAGGGAAAAUAUCCGCUGGCAGCUCGAGCAGUGAGAGAAGACACGUAUAUGGACGAUGUCAUCACCGGUGCAAACGACACAAAUACCGCGAAGGAGUUAAGAAUCCAGCUAGAUAUGAUGAUGUUGGCAGGGGGAUUUAGGCUUAGGAAAUGGGCUUCAAACUGCACUGAGGUACUGGACGGCAUCCCGCAGGAGAACCUGGCCAUACACGAGGGAGUGAAUUUGGACCCAGAUCCAGCGAUUAAGACUCUCGGUUUAACGUGGGUUCCAAAACUCGACAUUUUUCGAUUCCAAUUCUGCAUUCCCGAGUUGAAGGAGGAAACAGUGCUAACAAAACGUACAAUUCUAUCAAUUAUCGCCACAUUAUUUGAUCCGUUGGGGUUGCUGGGAGCAGCCGUCACAAGUGCUAAAAUUCUAAUGCAGCAGUUAUGGACACUGCAAGAUGAGGAAGAACGUAAAUUGGAAUGGGAUCAGCCUGUACCAUCCCAGCUAGAGAAAGUAUGGCGUAAAUUCCUUGCGCAAUUACCAAUUUUAAAUAAAGUUACCGUACAGCGUUGCAUAAUUAUACCAAAUGCAGCUUUCGUGGAAAUGCAUUGCUUUUCCGAUGCCUCAGAAAGGGCCUACGGUGCAUGCGUGUACAUCAGAAGUCAAAACGCGGCAGGAGAUGUUGUGACUAGACUUCUUACCUCAAAGUCGAAGGUUGCACCCUUAAAAAGGCAAACAAUUCCACGCUUAGAGCUUUGUGGAGCACGGUUAGCCGCUCAGCUCUAUGAUAAGGUCAAACGCGCUAUUAAAAUUCCCCUGAGAACAUAUUUUUGGACCGAUUCAACAUGCGUUUUGCGCUGGAUUCAAGCGUCCCCCGCGAAUUGGACAACCUACGUCGCCAAUCGGGUGUCCAUAAUUCAAACGUUAACGGAAAACUGCUACUGGAGUCAUGUGCCUGGCGUAGAAAAUCCGGCCGAUCUAAUAUCCAGAGGGAUUUCUCCAGAAGAUAUCUUAUCCAAUAGCAGCUGGUGGCAGGGUCCGCAAUGGUUACACUGUGGGCCAGAGCAAUGGCCUAAAACUGCUGAGGUUAUAGACGAAGCUGGAAAAGAAGAAAGACGUCUUACAAUAGUUGCAUGUAAUGCACUUCCGGAAAUAAGCUUCAUCGAAAACUACAUAAGCAAAUUCACCACAUAUUCGGAUAUGAUUCGUCGGACAGCGUACUGGUUACGGUUGAGGAAAUUACUUCGUAAACCGAGAGACGAACGGAAGGAUUACACAUUCUUAUCCACAACAGAACUUUUAGCCGCCGAGAACAGUCUGAUCCGUUUAGCUUGGAGGUCGACUUGAGAAAUCAAAUGAAGCAGAAGGUACGAAACACCCCAUCCUAUUGCCAGCUCGACAUGCAUUCACGCGCAAACUAUUGCAACACUACCAUGAGCGACUACUACAUGCCGGGCCGCAACUGAUGCUGGGAGCCGUGCGAUUACAUUAUUGGCCAUUAGGAGGGCGACAGGUAGCUAGACAAAUCGUUCACCGCUGCGUAAAAUGCUUUCGUUCCAAUCCCACUAAGGUUCAACAAUAUAUGGGAGAGCUACCAUCAUCCAGAGUUACUGUUGCAAGGCCUUUUGCCCGAACUGGAAUUGAUUACUUUGGGCCAGUAUAUGUGCGACCAGCUCCUAGAAAACAUGCUGUGAAGGCAUAUGUCGCAUUAUUUAUAUGCCUAUGCACAAAAGCCGUGCACUUAGAAUUGGUCACAGAUUUGUCAACCGAUCGAUUUCUUCAGGCUUUACGUCGCUUCGUUGCUAGACGAGGCAGGUGUUCCGAUAUUUAUUCGGACAAUGGGACUAAUUUUGUGGGGGCCCGUAAUAAGCUACAAGAGUUCUUAAAACUGCUUAGGAAUCAGCGUCAUCAUGAAAUCGUUGCGAGGGAAUGUGCUUCUGAAGGCAUACAGUGGCAUUUUACACCUCCAGGUGCACCACAUUUCGGAGGGCUUUGGGAGGCCGCAGUGAAGUCUGCCAAAAGACAUCUGCUAAAGCUUGUUGGAGAAAACCCCGUUUCACCAGAAGAUUUUAUAACACUGCUCACUCAGGUUGAAGGCUGUCUCAACUCGCGACCUCUCACACCGAUGUCUGACGAUCCAAAUGAUCUGGAGCCUUUAACACCUUCGCAUUUUCUUGU